GCGAUAGCACGACUGGACGUGGAUGUGAUGGAUGUAUCUACAUGAAGACCAGCAAAGAACGUAGAGGUUUUCGCUUUCUCUCUCAGAGAGCUACACUGAGUGAACAAAGGUGAGUGAAAGAACUCCUUUGAGUCCCGUGCGCCAAGCAAUCUCUGCCACGGUAACUUUCAGCACCCACGCCUUAGCCUUUCUCUGUGCGUUAUUGACCGGCGCCCGCCUGAAGGUGAUGGAAGAUAGGAAGUCCAAACAGCAGAGUCGUGACAACGAGAGCCAUUGCGCACUUGAAGAAAAUACGGCUGCUAUGCAAGUUUUUUCAUUUCAAGCGGGCUCAUAUUUGGUGAACAGGGGAUCGCGACAGUGGCGAGUAGGUGGUAGGUAGCUAAGUGCGUGUCAUAAAGCUCAAGGCUGUUUGGCCUGGCGGCGUCUUUGCAUCAUCUUCAGACAGAGGAACGAUAACGCAAGAGGACGUAGACACAGACACUGAAUGCAACAGAUAAAAAUCGAGGGAUCGUGCGGCCGGUCAUGCGUCUGGAAAAAGGAGGCACAUGCUUCGGGUUCACGUUGCUGCGACUCUGCGGCGCCCAUGAAGACAGACAGGAAAGAUCAAAGGAGGUAACGAACGCGCAGCCUUCACGAUCUUGACGGUAGUACUCCUUACGUCGAUCACGUUUUUACAGGACCUCCAGAAGCAGGCCUUGCUGCCGGCCGCGCCGCCUCGUCUCUUCUGGACUUGCACAGUGAUUUUUUCUAGUGGAUUCAGAUUCUCCCGCUGUUCCAGAAGAAGCCGGAGAAAAAAUAGUAAAGGCACAGAAUAAAGAAGUAUGAUUGCUGCUAGGACUAGGAGACCGAUUGUAGCACCAGCCAGGAGUUCAUCUGCUGCUCUAGUCUGUCUGUUCUACCACUCCUCCGAUUUCAGCACGGCUGACGCCGAAGAAUUACAGCGACAUGGAGCAACGUCUUCUGUUGUGCCGUCGGGCUUUGCGAAAACGGAGAAAACAGACCUCCCCUACCUGACCUCGUCGUGGGAAGCUACAUCGUAAGAGCCAGAGCGUUGUGCUUUGUUCACUAUUCUAUCGUGUUGAUUGUUAAGUUAAAAACUGAAAGUAACUAGUUUUUUUUCUUCUUGUUCGUAUGUAAGCGGAUCCGUCGAUGUACAUCAUGCGCGCCGCGUCUGGGUGAGCUGGUCAGCGGCCGCCCCGACGCUUUCUACUAGGGAGAGUAAUCGACGUGUAAGUCUCGGAUUUCACGAUGUGUAUAAUUUGGAAAUGAUCAGUUUUGUAUGCAAAAGGAAGAAGCAGCACGAGCACGACGACUAGCAGUGAUCAGAAACAAAGUAGAGACGAAGAAUGAAUAAGAACCCACAGGCACUUUCUCAGUACGUAGAAAAUGAAAAGCAAGCGGAUAAAUGAAUUGUUGCAGAAGUCGUCGAAGGCAAAAAUAGGCAGAUGCAGCCGGAUGACUUCUUUUUAGAAGUGCAAAGCCAACUGCUCCAUGCUUGAUGUACAAGAACAAACUCAAACAACAUGAUGAGCAAGAGGCAAGAACUCAUAACAAUCCCAUUCGACAAUCAGAUCGCAUCGAGCUCGCAGCUUUGCCCGACUUCUCGCACUUACAGACCUUGUGUAGCUCGCACCUCGUGCUACAUCUCGACUCGAAUCCACUUCGCAUGAGGAUUUAUUUCGCGAUCGCUACUAAUAUUCGAUUUCCAUAAAGAGUAAAUCUGGCUCAAGGAAGAGCCAUUUUGGCUCAAGGAAGAGCCCCCCGGUAGCGCUAGUCUCACAUGGGUGCACACAUAAGGACGUUGACGAAGAAACACACACACACACACGCAAAAACACGUCGGCCAAAAACAAAAAUAAAAUGCGUCCUGCACAAACUGCCCUCACUCACUCACCGGGUGGAUGCGCCGCCGAGGUCCGCAGAUAGCUUAUUGAGAAAAAGAAUAAGACUAGUAAUAGCUUAGUAAGAAAGAAAAAGAUAGAAGUCGCAAAAACUACUACUAAUGUUUUUGUGCUAGAAUAGCCGCGCCGCUGAACAACGGGAGACGGCCUGUCCGGUGAGUGAGUACGCCGCCAACUGCUCGCCGGGGCGCUGCGUGGAAGGGCAGCGUCGCCGCAAGUCGAGCCGGGGAACUAGUUUGCUUUCGACUGCCUUUUAUUUUUUUUUAUGUUCCCCGUCAUCUCAAUUCCCCCUUAACUUGCCGCCUUACUCUUCACGGACAUCUCGUGGAUGACAUCAGCGCGUAGAACGGUUCGAACCAGCCUCGGGCUACAAGGCGACAGGUAAACCAUCCCUACGCCCUCCGGUUUGACCUUGACGAAACUGACUACCAAACACUCUGGGGAUUUCUAUCAGCAACAGCAUUGCCGACACCUAGGGCCACGCCACCGCGCCUUCCGAGGGUAGAUCAGACGGACCACAGAAGGGCGCUGCGAGGUGGCAACGACAUCACUGAAGCGGGAGAGCGGAUACAAGGCCUUCGCUCAACUGUGUGGCGUGCGUUGUUUACUAGUCCUAGUUUCAUCGAAAAUAGGUUAUCUCUCUCUCUCUCCAUAAAGAGUAAAUCUAAAUACGUGUACGGCAUAAAUAUCUUCCAUAAUCGGGGUCGU